GAUUUGCAUUUAUUCCCCCGCCCCCGUCACCGAUUCUCCCAGGGCCCAUCCAACUCAGACCCCCUGGCCGCUUCCAAGACCAGGAUGCGCUGCCGCCGCCGCUGCGGAACGGCGGAGCCGCCGCGUCGCAGGGCGUCGCUUCUGCGCCGCCUGGCGAAGCGGCGUCCACAUUCGGGUUUUAUUUCCCCGUGUACGACCAGGUGCCAGGAGUGCUCGGAGUGGUUGGCAGAGUGCGCAUGUUCUACCCAGAGUCGCCGAUACACCUCCUCCAAGACGGGGGACCUGUGGACUUUGGCCCCUUGUGCGCACUGCCGCAGUACGCCUGCACCUUCGAGGUUGUGCAGGGCGAGAACAGUCGUUGGAAUCCGCACUCUUGGUUCGCGCGUAUGCGCGCAGCCGCUCUUCGCCUGCAUACCACGUUCCUGAUAUAUCUCGAGCCAGACGUCCUCGUGCGCCGCCGGCACAUCACCGAACCCCAGCACGACGCGGGCGGCAUAUUCGACAAUUACAACCCCGCGGUCCACGAGGAGACGGUGGCGUACGUGGAGAGGCGGGGCAGAGAGCGCGUGCCUUGCUUUCAGCUGGAGUGGAAGCACUUCGGCCUGGCGGGCGGCUCGUACUUCCGAGCCGAGGCCGUCAUCGACGCCUUCGACCCGGCCCACGUGCAGCGCAUCGAUUGGGGGCCGAUGCAGUGGAGGGAAGGCGACAAAACGAUGAGCAGCGACUUCGCCAUGGUCGUCGCGCUGGCUUGCCGAGGCUGGAAGGUGUCCCCAUGGAACGAGUCCGCGCAGAACUUCGAGAGGCGCGGGCUUCCGCCUGACGAGGCCGGCCGCGAGGAGUUCCGGAGACAGUGGCCGGCCUACAACCCGAGCGCCGCCUUCGAGCAUGAUCACAAGGAGCACUACAGUGACACCGUGCCCGAGGAGCAUGUGCGACUCGUCCGCGAGCUGCCGCAGACCCCGCAGACCUGCCACGGCUGCAUCUGGUACGGCGCCGAGGGCGUUCGGUUGCCGGGCCCGGAGCCCCCGCGGCCACCCCGGGCGGAGGACUGGUACUCGACUACACGCAAGAGCAACCCUUCGCUUGAGUGACCCUCGG